GCAGCCUCAGUACCAGCCAGUGCUCAGAGCAGGCGCACAGAGGAUCGCACAGAGGCAGCUACAUGCCGCCGCCGCCUUUGUCGUAGAGGGACGUUUUUACCCCCCCACAUCUCCACUCACAGGGAUAUUGCGUGUUUUUUUUUUAUUUUCCUUGUUAUUAUUUUCUCAUUCUCCCCACGCGGAUUCCGAAAGGACGGGAAAUCAAAGAGUCGCGAGCGCACCGAUGUACCCACUACACGAGGGCAGCGGGCUGCUUCUGCUCGCGGUCUUGGCAGGACUGCAGAUUGCAGCAGAGGGCAGGGGCACCCCACCAUGCAGGCCAGGCUUCACCGAAGAUGUAUACAAGGUUGAAGUGCCAGAUAUCACGGAGGAAGGACAGCCCCUUUUCAGCGUGAGGUUUCUGGACUGCGGCCGAGGCGGUCUGGUGCGCUUCGAAAGCAGCAACCCGUCCGACUUCCGGAUAGAGGCCAGCGGAGUGGUAUACGCCGCCAGGAGUCUCGAGCGCUCUACAGCCCCUGUGUCACCGCUGCUGAUUAAGGCCAUUGACACCACCACGGAGCAGCAAUGGGUGACUCAAGUCAGGCUGACACCUCCAACAUCAGUCAAAAAGGUCCAGGGAAUCGCUGUUCCUCCAGUCGUGCCAAGGGAAAUCACAUUUCCCUCAAGCAACUCGGAUGGCCCACUCAAACGCAUGAAGAGAGACUGGAUCAUCCCCCCAAUAAUUGUUCCGGAGAACUCCCAAGGUCCAUUCCCGCAAGUGCUUGUCAAGGUCCAUUCUUCACAAGCCAAAAACCAGCCUAUCAAAUACCAACUAACAGGACCAGGUGUGGAUCAGAGCCCCGGUGGCAUCUUCAUCAUCGACUCCAUCACUGGAUUCCUGUUUCUGACCAGGCCGCUGGAUCGAGAGUAUUUUUCCAGCUACUAUCUGAGAGUUUUUGCAGUGGACCUUAAUGGCAGACUAGUAGAACAACCUGUAGACAUUGUGAUCAAUGUGAUCGAUAUGAACGACAACAUACCGGAGUUCACUCAACAGAUCUGGAACGGCACCGUUCCAAAGGACUCCAAACCAGGAACAGUUGUCAUGACAGUAACAGCUGUUGACAGAGACGACCCCAAAACAGACAAUGGCAUGGUGGGUUACAAGAUUCUGUCCCAGAUUCCAGAGAGUCCGACCGCCAAUGUCUUCACCAUCAAUGAAACAACUGGAGAGAUAAUGUUGGAGGCAGAAGGCCUGGACAAAGAGAAGGUGCCUCAGUACACUCUGAUCAUCCAGGCCAAGGAUAUGGGGGACCUCUCCACCACAGCCACCGCUGUCAUCAGUGUCACUGACGUUAAGACAGUCGAGGAAGUUACUAUUGUUCCAGUCGUUUCCAAGGAUUUGGAGGAAAUCAAAUUUCCCCCAAGCAACUCGGAUAGCUCACUCAAACGCAUGAAGAGAGACUGGGUCAUCCCCCCAAUAAAUGUUCCGGAGAACUCCCGAGGUCCAUUCCCGCAAGAGCUUGUCCGGAUCCGGUCGGACCACGACAAGAACCGGUCUCUCCGAUACAGCGUCACAGGACCGGGUGCUGAUCAGCCGCCUACGGGCAUCUUCAUCAUCGACCCCAUCUCUGGAGAGCUGUCGGUUAACAAGCCCCUGGAUCGGGAGCACAUUUCCAACUUCCACCUGAGAGCUCAUGCAGUGGACCUCAAUGGCAACCAAGUAGAAAACCCUAUAGACAUUGUGAUCAAUGUGAUCGAUAUGAACGACAACAGACCGGAGUUCACUCACCAGAUCUGGAAUGGCACCGUUCCAGAGGGCUCCAAACCAGGAACAUUUGUCAUGACGGUAACGUCUGUUGACAAAGACGACCCCAAAACGGCCAAUGGGAUGCUGCGUUACAAGAUUCUGUCCCAAAAUCCAGAGAGUCCGACCUCCAAUAUGUUCACCAUCAACAACAAAACAGGAGGCAUCAUCACGGUGGCAGCAGGCCUGGACAGAGAGAAAGUGCCCCAGUACACUCUGAUCAUCCAGGCCACGGAUAUGGAGGGCAACCCCAUGUACGGCCUCUCCAACACGGCCACCGCUGUCAUCAGGGUCACUGACAUUAAUGACAACCCGCCAGAGUUUACUGCUGAGACGUUUUUCGGCGAGGUGCCUGAAAACCGCGUGAAUGUCAUCGUGGCCAACUUGACGGUGACUGACAAGGACCAGCCCCACACGCCGGCAUGGAACGCUGUCUACAAAAUCACCGCGGGCGACCCCACCGGCAGGUUCUCUGUGCCCACUGAUCCGACCACUAACGAGGGCCUGGUAACGGUUGUCAAGCCCAUUGACUAUGAAAACACUAGGACAUUUGUGCUGACAGUGGAAGCGAGGAACGAGAUCCCUCUGGCACGAGGCAUCCACCCUCCUCGUCAGUCCACCGUCUCCAUCAGAGUGAUAGACGUCAACGAGAGCCCCUACUUUGAGCCCAACCCCAAACUCAUUAAACUGGAGGAGGGAAUGAUGCCAGAGACAACACUGACCCUCUUCACUGCGCAGGACCCUGAUCGCGUUAUGCAGCAGAGCAUCAGAUACUCCGUGGUCUCAGAUCCAGCCAACUGGCUAAAGAUUGACCCCAACACUGGUCGAAUCACAACCCAGGCCGUUCUGGACCGAGAAUCGCCCUUUGUGAAGAACAGCUUGUACAAUGCAACAUUCCUCGCCACUGACAGUGGUAUUCCUCCAGCAAGUGGCACAGGCACGCUCCAGAUCUACCUGCUGGAUAUCAACGACAACGCUCCCAAGGUAUUCCCCCAGGAGGCAGAGAUAUGCGAGAGGCCGGAGCCAAACGCCAUCAACAUCACCGCGCUCGACGGGGACCUGAACCCAAACGCAGGACCCUUCGCCUUCGAGUUGGCCCAUCGGCCCCUCGACGUUCGGAGAAACUGGACCAUCACUCGAAUCAGUGGUGACUACGCCCAGGUGAACCUCAAAAUUGGCUUCAUUGAAAGUGGCAUCUACGAGAUCCCCAUCAUCAUCACAGACUCUGGCAACCUGCCCAUGUCCAAUACGUCCUAUCUGCGGAUUAAAGUGUGCCAGUGCGACAUCAAUGGAGACUGCAGUGACACGGGCCGCUACACGGCCGCCGGCCUGGGCACCGGUGCAAUCAUAUCCAUUCUCCUCUGCAUCAUCAUCCUCCUCAUCCUUGUGCUGAUGUUUGUGGUGUGGAUGAAGCGUCGCGAUAAAGAGCGUCAGGCCAAGCAGCUCCUCAUCGAUCCCGAGGACGAUGUGAGAGACAACAUUCUGAAGUAUGAUGAGGAGGGUGGAGGAGAGGAGGAUCAGGAUUACGACCUGAGUCAGCUGCAGCAGCCGGACACAUUAGAGCCUGAUAGCAUCAAGCCGGUGGGAAUCCGCCGUCUAGACGAGAGACCUCUCCAUCCUGAGCCACAGUACCCCAUGAGGUCAGCAGCACCGCACCCUGGAGACAUUGGAGACUUCAUCAAUGAGGGACUCAAGGCAGCAGACAACGACCCCACCGCUCCCCCCUACGACUCGCUGCUAGUGUUCGACUACGAGGGCAGCGGCUCCACAGCCGGCUCCCUAAGCUCCCUCAACUCCUCCAGCAGCGGGGGCGACCAGGACUACGAUUACCUCAACGACUGGGGCCCUCGCUUUAGAAAACUGGCAGACAUGUACGGGGGAAGUGACGACUAGGACACACAGCGGCUCCUAUGAAUGGUGAAAAGAUGGGAGGAAAAAAAAGAAAAUGACGAAUAGGAAAGAUUUCCUGUUGAAGGACAAGGACAGCUUCUGAUAUCCCCCGAGAGAGUGACAAAACUGUGAGAGGAAAGAAACAAAAAUUAAACAUUGAUUCAGAAAUUUUGUCAAAAACAACCAACCUAGGCUUAUUGUUGUAGUCUACGCAAACAUAUGCUUGUUGAGAGCUUAGGCAUAGGCCGUGGUCCACAGUUAUGAAGGAUAUGGGAGGAAACACGCGUUGGACUGUCACCACUCAGAUUGUCGGUAUUGAAUGCGCUCAGUUACACUUGAAUUUCACAGUACAGAAGCACUGGGAUAUAAUGUGCCUUUUUGUACAUUUUUUUGGAUCUAAAUGAUUAGUUUUAUGUUAAAGGCUUUAAUGGUACUGACUUUUGGAGUGAUUUCAAACAAAGUAUGUUACACUCUGGUAUGCUUCUACAUGCUUUUUUUGGUUACACAAUGCUCCUGUUUGUUGGAAAUUAUUUAAACAAAUACAAAGUAAAUGAAGGAUCAUCUGUUAGCUUGGGUGGAAAGAAUAACAAUUAAGAGCAGCACUGUACAGUACACUAGACUUCUAGACUUUUUCACUAAAAUUAUGCAGCUGGUUGCAAAUAAAGGGAGUUAUGAAUCAUACUUUUGUAGCAGAUUUUUUUUUUUUGAAGUGAUGUAGUAUUUUACAAAAGCAACAAAAAACUAGGUCAUGGUCUAAUCUAUGUACACUUCAUUUGCCUUAGUCAUCAUCCGAUACUUUCAAGUUUUACUUCACUGUAAAAAGAUGUGUGUACAUAAUGUUUUUUUUCUCCUUAUCUUUUUUUUGUUUGAUGUAGUAUAUGGAAAAAGUGCAAAAGUUCCAAACUUGUAAAUGUUUAAUUUGGACAACAAAAUUCAAGUUUUUUGCAUGUUUUUAUCUUUUCAUGACAACAAAAAUAAAAUAUGUCGUUUCCCAAAUUUAUUUACGAAGUGAACGAAUAAAAACCUGGGUGACAUUAAAUGUGUAGAAGUAAAGAGAGUUUUUUGUAUAAAACAUGGGAAAAAAACAACAAUUGUUAAAAAUAGAAAAAAUAGUGCUAUUGUUACCACAACUGUUUGUUUGUACCAAAAAAGGGGUGGGAUGAUACUUUAGGCACGAACGAAAGAAUCAGCUUUAAGACUGGAGAAGGUUUUGAACUUAAGCCUUGUAGAUAACCAUGUGUACUGGAAGACGAAUUAUACAUCUCUGACCCCAGCCAUCCAAAUAAAAUGCUAAUUUUGGAGCUAAAAA